GAGUUCCAUUUCAGAAACCCUAGCCUUAAGAAAGGAUAGGAAAGCGCACAGAGGAAGGAGAGCACCAGGAAAGAAGAAAACUGCCAGUGUGAGUCAGGAAAUAAGCAUCCUACUUUUCUGCUAGGCUGACUCUAGGAGGACCAGGCCUGCACACAAUGCUGAGGGCGAGCUGGCUAUGCAUUGUCCUCGUAGCCUUUGUCAGCCACCCAGUGUGGCUGCAGAAGCCUCACAAACGCAAGACACAGCUCAAAGCAGCCGGCUGCUGUGAGGAGGUGAGGGAGCUCAAAGCCCAGGUCGCCAACCUCAGCAGUCUGCUGGGUGAGCUGAGCAGGAAGCAGGAGAGCGACUGGGUCAGUGUGGUCAUGCAGGUGAUGGAGCUGGAGAGCAGCAGCAAGCACAUGGAGUCUCGGCUCGCCACUGCUGAGAGCAAGUACUCCGAGAUGAACAACCAGAUUGACAUCAUGCAGUUACAGGCAGCACAGACCGUCACGCAGACCUCGGCAGAUGCCAUCUACGACUGUUCCUCCCUGUACCACAAGAACUACCGAAUCUCUGGCGUGUACAAGCUUCCUCCUGAUGAGUUCCUGGGCAGCCCUGAGCUCGAGGUGUUCUGUGACAUGGAAACUUCAGGAGGAGGCUGGACCAUCAUCCAGAGACGCAAGAGUGGCCUUGUCUCCUUCUACCAGGACUGGAGACAGUAUAAGCAAGGGUUUGGCAGCACGCGAGGUGACUUCUGGCUAGGGAAUGAACACAUCCACCGGCUUACCAGGCAGCCAACCCGGCUGCGCGUGGAGCUGGAGGACUGGGAGGGCAAUGCACGCUACGCCGAGUAUAGCUACUUUGCAUUGGGCAAUGAACUGAACAGCUACCGCCUCUUCCUGGGGAACUACAGUGGCAAUGUGGGGAAGGAUGCCCUCCUCUACCACAACAACACUGUCUUCAGCACCAAGGACAAGGACAAUGACAACUGCUUGGACAAGUGUGCAGAGCUCCGAAAAGGUGGCUACUGGUACAACUGCUGCACAGACUCCAACCUCAACGGGGUGUACUAUCGCCUGGGGGAGCACCGGAAGCACAUGGAUGGCAUCAGCUGGUAUGGCUGGCAUGGAGCCAACUAUUCCCUCAAACGUGUGGAAAUGAAGAUCCGUCCGGAAGCCUUCAAGCCCUAAGGGAAGGCUGCUGCAGACUAUGGAAGUGAGAUGGACGCUGAAGAGGGACAGCAGGCUGGGAGGAGGGCGGACGAACGGUAGGAAGGGAACGGUUUACCAUCCAGGAGCAUGAUACAACUUUAGCUGUGUGAGCACAUGCAUACACAAGAGAAGCACACAUACCAACAGUGCGCACGAGCAGAUGGGCCAGGCGGACCCAUGGGGCCUGCCACGGCGCCUCAGGGGAGGGCCGAGGGUCCACAGCAGCUCAUCUUCCACACGCUUUACCUGGGCACAACGGUAACCCCGAGGUCACUUAACCCACUUUCCCUAACUGAGGCUUAGAUGACCCGAGGGAAAAAACAAAUAAAAAAACUAGUGUGAGACUAGAGACUGUGAGAAAUGAAAGCAGAGAAGGGGCUUCCUAUUCUUACCCUGUGACACUUCCUUGUGUCUAUAGGAUUUUUUUUUUUUUUCCUGAGACAGGGUCUCUCUAAACAGCUCUUGCUGUCCUAGAACUCAUUAUGUAGACCAGGGUGGCCUUGAACUCACAGAGAUCUACCUGCUUCUCUGCUUCCCAAGUGCAGGGAUUAAAAGCAUGCACCACCACAGCUGGCAUAUAGGAUUUUUAAGACACAAAACUGUGGAGCUAAAGACCAGCUGUCCAGGUUGGACUUGCUUCAAGGUGUCUCCAGGGUUAGGCCUUGCUGUCAGAGUCCUAGGGGAGAGAGCUGCACUGCCAAACAUGCUGUGGGCCUGACGGGAGUGAGAAGACCAGUGGGAGGUGAGCGCAGUCUCUGGGGGAUCACAAUACUGCCUUCAAACAUUCCCAGUCAAAAACCAAAAGAUCCCCUCUAACAAACAUGUCUGGAAGAGGAAGGUAGAUGGCGCUGUGGUUUAAAAUGUGCUGUAUAUAGAAGCAUCUUCCUUGUAAAAAUAAAAUAUUGUAGUUCCU